AUGGAUCCUGGCACGGUGUACAGAAGGGUCUCGACUGAGAUCAUCAAACAGAUCAGCGGAUUCUCCUCCUGCGAUAUUGCAGAUGCCUUGAUCAAGUUGAAGCAUCCUAGUGGCGGUUAUUUACCUGACAUCAACCUCCAAACGGGAAACCAUCAAGAUCCAGCUUCCAAUAAGUUAUGCGGCGAAGCUUUCACGGUCGAAAUGGUCCCAGCUACAGAUACUGAAUCUCCACGACCAACACAACACUAUGUUGACGCUGGAGAGAUGGACACAGUCAUGGUCAUCUCCAGUCCAGCAAACUCAAAGAGUGCCGUAUGGGGAGGCUUGAUGACCGCAAGGGCCAAGGUCAAGGGCGUCAAAGGUGUUGUGAUUGAUGGUCGUUGUCGGGAUCUAGCAGAACACAGAGCGGCUGAUUACCUGGUCUUUGCUAGAGGGCAUUCAGUUUUGGGACAAUCGACUUUCACCCGUCCUUCCAGAAUCCAAGUUCCUAUUACGAUCCAUCCAGUUGCUGACAGUUUUGGGAGCUCCAACAUGAACAAGCAGAUCAUGUUUCCACCGACCACUGUCAAUCCAUACGACAUCAUAGUAGGAGAUGAAGAUGGGGUGGUGGUCAUUCCACAUGCAGAGAUUGAAGAAGUCAUCAAACUUUGCACCAAAAAUACCCAAGUUGAUCAAAAAUGUUUAGAACAUCUGAAGGCUGGUCAUACUAUUGCCGAUACAUUCUCCCAAUUUCGUGGCAAGUGA